CACUGUCUCCAUCUAUUUGGAGGCAAUCUUUUUCCCGCCAUUAUUAACCUUCAGAAAAAGAAAAAGAGCAAAACCCUCUGUUAAGUGUUAACCUCUGGUUGAAACCCUAAUCCAACAUGGAAGAAGAAAUCAGGGCAGAGUUUAAGAAGGCCGGCUUCACCUUCGAUGACGAAGAAGAGAUUCUCAAGAAAUGUCUGACUUUUUGUAUCGAGUACAAGCUGACCCCUUCGGAUCUUGUUUCCAGCUGGGACGUUUUUUCUCUCAACAGGGGGUUGGAAUUAACGGUGCAAAGUGCCCAUAUGAGUGCAUUCUUGCAGCAACUACAGAAUGAACAACGAGAUGCAAUUAUCAAGAAAGAUCCUGGAUUACAUUUUUACUCUAAUGAUGUUGCUAUGCUAAUGAAUGAUGAAUAUGAAGAUACGAAAGAAGAUGUUCUGCAUAGCCCACAAGAUCAGCCUCAAACACUGCAGAGAGAGCAAUCUGAUUCAGCUCAGAAGACAAAUGGAAGCAUUUUUGGCUCCCGAAAAUUGUUAGAAUCAGUGACACCUUUUGGGCAGAGAAAGAACAAGUUUGUGGUGCAAUUCUCUCUUAAUGAGCAAUCUGCCACAGAGGCCAUAUGUGUUAAGCAAGAACAUGAUGACGAGAAUUCAGAAGAUGACAUUAUAAAGAGGGUGCAACCUAGCAAAAGGUGUUCUAUAGUGAUUAAUGCUUCCCAGCCUGAGCCUGGUUGUAGAUUUAUGCAUGAUAGGAUUGAACGCAAGUUUAGUUUCCUGGAAAAUCGCAUAAAAAGGCAUGCAAGCAACAUUGUGGAGACUGGGCUUUUUGAGGAACCAACGGACCCUACGGUUGCCUCCCAGAAAAGUCUUUUUGCUGUUGGCAUGAUCUGCUGUGAAGAAGAAGGCCGUCUGAAGGAAAAGCCUAUUUUGCUGCAAAGCAGUGUUGAGCAUUCUGGAGGACAACGUGUGCGCCUUGACUUGCAAAAGCUGGAGCAGUUUUCCAUUUUCCCUGGACAGGUGGUUGGAGUGGAAGGGCAUAAUCCAAGUGGACACUGCUUGGUUGCAUCAAAAAUUAUUGAUUAUGUUCCAUUGUCAGUUUCCUCCAGUGAAAAUUUGCAUCCUCCUAAGAAACAAGCUUUGGAUCGAACUGUUCAGUCCACAGACUCCUCUUGUCCUACACCAGAGCUAUCACUGAUUAUAGCAGCAGGGCCUUUCACGACAAGCGAUAACUUGUUGUUUGAGCCUCUAGCAGAGCUUCUUGGAUACGCAAGACGAAAGCAGCCUCAAUUGCUUAUACUGCUAGGACCAUUCAUUGAUGCUGAUCAUCCAGAGAUAAAAAAAGGAACAAUUGAUAGGACAUUUGAUGAUAUGUUUUGCGUUGAGAUUCUUGGAAGGCUUCAAGAUUAUGUUGAAUAUAUGGGCUCAACAGCAAGUGUGGUUCUUGUGCCAUCAAUCCGGGAUGCCAAUCAUGACUUUGUAUUCCCACAGCCCAAGUUUGAUAUUAACUCGCUCAAUCUCAACCAUCAGAUACAUGGCAUCUCCAAUCCAGGAAACUUUACUGCAAAUGAGGUCAAAUUGGCUUGCUGCACAGUUGAUAUUCUAAAACACCUCAGUGCGGAGGAGAUUUCAAGAAAUCCUCAGGGAGGUUCUAAGCAACGCCUGACAACUCUUUCAAAUCACAUACUGAACCAGCGCAGCUUUUAUCCUCUAUAUCCACCUGCUGAAGGCAUCCCCUUGGACUCUUCUCUUGCACCUGAAGCACUCCACAUCUCAUCUAUUCCAGAUAUUCUCAUUCUACCUUCAGACUUGGCUCACUUUGUGCGGGUAAUAUCCUUGAGGAAAAUAAGUGAAGGAGAAGAAGUCAAGUGCGUGUGUGUCAAUCCAGGGAGGCUGGCCAGGGGCGAAGGAGGAGGUUUCUUUGUAGAGCUUAACCACCGUGGAACCCCUGAUUCAACUACUGCUUCAGUUAUUCGUAUAUAGACUUACACCGGACGCUUUAUAUGGACAUAUUUUCUUUCCGUUGAGUUCUCCGGUGUCAGCAGAAAAGUCUUCGUGAGUUCAAGCGGCCAUGGGAAAUGGUGUCAAUGUAAGCAAUUUGGGACGAACUAGGAAAUUAAAGUGCCCUUGUGUUGAUCAACUGAGCAUCGUGUUGUGAUGAUCUUGACGAUGUUGUCUUGGGUCAAUCACAAAAGGUUGAAGUACACGUCAGGAUGGGAUUAGAAGCCUGGGCAGUCUAGUUGCACUCGGGACUUCUGAGUUGUCGACUUAUGUAAAUUAUAUGGGUUUAACGUGCUGCUGCCUAGAUUUCCUUUAACUGCCUGGCUGGUUGUCUGUGGCUACCGGGAAAUUAUAGCUUGCUUGGUUGGCUAAUGCCCAUGCUAAUGGUCUUAGCUGGGUGAGG